UACAUGCAUUUUUUAUCAGUUUGAUAAUUAACUAAAAUUUAAUUCGCAAUUUGCUCUACUUAGUUAAUUAAAUUAUUUUUGAAAUGGGACUUGAUAAUGAAAAUCCUACACUUUUUAUAAAAAUUAAAGAUAGAGAAAUAACUGAAACAGAUUAUGACGAUAAUGAUGUAGAAGAAAUCGACUCAAGAGAAAUAUUUGAUUUAAUUAAAGGAAUUACUGAUCCUGAACAUCCAUUGUCUCUGGAAGAGUUGAGAGUCGUUGAUCAAAGUUUAAUUGAGGUUGACGAUCUGAAUAAUAUAGUUAAAGUAUUAUUUACACCUACUAUUCCACAUUGCAGUAUGGCUACCUUGAUUGGACUUUCAAUUAAAGUAAGACUUCUUUGGUGUCUACCCUCUAGAUUUAAGAUAUCUGUUUCUAUAACUCCUGGUACACAUGCAUCAGAACAUGCUAUAAAUAAACAGUUAGAUGAUAAAGAAAGAGUUGCUGCUGCUUUGGAAAAUACACAUUUAUCAACAGUAUUACAUAAUUGUAUAGCUACUGCUUAAGUAUUUUAAUUAAAAAACAUUAUUAUGA